GUGGUCGUGUGCUGCUCGGCUCACUCCCAUACCACGCCGUGUCAGCGCUGUGCACGGCUUUCCCAUCUCACGAGCACUAGCGCUUGCGCGCACAGCCGUAGAUACACAGCGACGACUACGUGCCGGCGCAGCACACUGCGAACCGACUCUGGUCCAGCUUUUAAGGAGACUCCACUUUGCUUCAGUAGCCUUCGUUGGAGAGACUGCCCUCUGGGACUCGUGCACACGCCGCCGCAGAAAGCGUCGAUCGUCUUCAUAUUUCAUCGUGACUGUGUUUGCCUCGACUAGUACUGUUUCCACGAGCACUACUCCUCGUUACGCACAAUCGAGCACGCAAGCAACGUUGGACUUAGAAUCAACAUGAAGUUCUUUUACCUGGUCCUGGCCCUGGUGGUUCUGAUGGCGGUGGCUCAGAGUGGUGUCAUGGCUCAGAACGAGCAGCUGCUGAUGCCCUGGAACCAGUACCGGGCAUCGCCACUGCUCGACGCCCUGCGCGGGUGGAUCAGACGGCCCAGCUUCACUUUCACACGACCAAACUUCCUGCCGACACUCAGCGCAAACGCCAUCAGGCUGCGACCAGGAAUUCAGCAGGUUCUGCGCCCCAUGCUUCAGAGGCCAGCAAUUCAGAGCAUGAUCCGGCCAGCUCUCAACCUCCGACCGGUCAUCGCCACUGGAAUCGCCAACCUUGGAAGCCUCAUUCGGCGGCCUUUCCUAAACUUGGAAGAAUGACACACGCGUAGCCCGGGCAUUCGCGUUCAAAAGCGUCGUGUAUUCUUCAGCAUUUUGUGAGGUUCCGCUGGUUUGGAGCCCCACUUCACGCCUCAUCGAGCUCGAAGCAACCUCAAGCGGUGCAACAAGUUGUGAAAGCAUCUUUGCGUCGCCGCCUGUUGCUGUUUUACCUUCGUCAUCGCAGCGCAUAUGUACAGUUUUGUGAUCAUUGGGAGUGCCACUGGACGGGCCUCAAAACAUAGUUGCCUGUUUUGUAGCACUUUGUUUUCUUUUUUUUUUGUUUCACCACGCCACUCACACUCAAGCGCUUAUUUACACAAACGGCGGGACCACAGUUCACCGGCCUUUUUUCUCAGAUAACAGUCACACCACUAAUUUAUUUCUUGAAAAAAUAAAAAUAAAAGAGCAUAUAUAGAUACAGAUGUAGCGUGACUCAUUGUGUUCGCAUGUUUCAAGUUACUACAAGAAUAAACACAACUACGACAGCGUGAAAA